GUCUAGGGUCCAAAGCCUGCUGAAAUCCGUGCGAGUCCUUCCCCUGGUCGGGGGUUUUGAACUGAGUUUAAACAUUUUGAAACUAGUGAGCAGUGGCAGUACGAUUCCUAACUGUGUAUGACAUGCAGGACUGUGGUAUGUGACAGGCUAUUCAAAUACAUGAGUUUUGUUAUUACUUUCAGUCUUCAAUGUUGCCUCUCUUUAGAAGAGCUUAAAAAUACCUUCAGAAAUUCCUGAGUUCAGUCACCCAGAAAUCCCAGGACAGGCUCUGCCUUGAUGAGCUAGAACAGGUUAAAGGGAUGAAAUUGCCCUCCGCACUGUUGGAAAGCCCUCUGCAUGCUCACGAAGGUACCGUGCAAGGAGGGGUCCCGGGCCAGCGCAGUGGGAAGGACACCCGGAGGGUCCGCCACGGCCCAGCCGCGGCAGGAAAACCUGAGGCCGGGAUGAAGACGGAGAAGAGUCAAAUUAUUACCUUCAGAGGAUACCCUAGUGAGGAGUAUGAAGUGGCAACAGAAGAUGGAUAUAUCCUUUCCAUUAACAGAAUUCCAUAUGGAAGAAAAGGAUAUGAGAGGAACAAAGGUCCAAAGCCUGCUGUGUUUCUGCAGCAUGGUUUGCUUGCAGAUGGCAGUAACUGGAUCACAAACCUGGAUUACAACAGCCUUGGCUUUAUGCUGGCAGAUGCUGGCUAUGAUGUAUGGCUGGGAAACAGCAGAGGGAACACCUGGUCCAGGAAACACAUACACUUCACAGUGAAGCAAGAGGAAUUCUGGGUUUUCAGCUUUGAUGAAAUGGCUAAGUAUGACAUUCCAGCCUUUGUGGACUUUAUUUUGAAGAAAACUGGCCAGGAACAAGUAUUUUACGUUGGCCAUUCACAGGGCACCACAAUGGCUUUCAUUGCUUUUUCAACUUUACCACACCUGGCUAAGAAAAUCAAAAUGUUCUUUGCCUUGGCACCUGUAGCUACAGUCAAGUUUGCCACUAGCCCUCUGGUAAAAUUGGGAGUGUUUCCUGACCUGCUAUUCAAGGAUAUGUUUGGAAAGAAACAAUUUCUUCCUCAGAAUUCCUUGUUGAAGUGGCUUGCUACCCAUGUUUGCACCCAUAGACUACUCGAUGACCUUUGUGGCAACAUAUUCUUUCUUCUGUGUGGUUUUAAUGAGAGAAACUUGAAUAUGAGCCGAGUGGAUGUGUAUUCAACACACUGUCCUGCGGGAACAUCUGUACAAAACAUGAUCCACUGGAGCCAGGCUGUGAGAUCUGGGGAAUUCAAAGCUUAUGACUGGGGAAGCAAGACUGCAAAUAUGGCUCACUACAACCAGUCUACUCCCCCUUUCUACAAAAUAAAAGAGAUGACUGUGCCAACUGCUGUGUGGACUGGUGGACAGGACUGGCUGGCAGACCCAAAGGAUGUUGCCAUGCUGCUCACUCAGAUCACAAACUUGGUUUACCACAAAAACAUUCCAGAAUGGGAACAUUUGGAUUUCAUCUGGGGUCUUGACGCACCUUACCGCAUGUAUAAUGAAAUAAUGAACUUGAUGAGGAAAUAUCUCUAAACCUGCGUGGUAUUUCAUGAGGGCUAGUCCAUCAGAAAUUCAUCUUUCUGGAGCAUGUACUUUUCUAGCAGUGAUGCUACACUUUUUUUAUGACGCAUUUUUAAAAUGCCAGCAAUGAUUGCUGAAUUGGAUUCAUAUUUGGUUUGGUUUUUUCAGUAUUGUUUCUCUCUUUUUGCACA